AUGAUUAUAUGUGACAACUGUGGUGAGCCCAUCGUUUACAGCGGUGAGGGCGACGUGACAUGUGGGAUCUGCGGUGUCGUGCAACAGCUGUAUUCGCAAACCAUUGUCGAGGAAUUCUCUGCCUCGUACAGUCAGACGCAGAAGAUCGGACGACUGAAACCUGCAUCACAGACUGAUGCACGUCCCAGCCAAACCGAGGAAGAACAGGAAUCGCGUGACUUUCAGUUUAUUGUAGGAAUACAGAUGGUGCUGGAUAACCUGUGCAAGACGUUGGUGAGGUCUUACGGCUUUUCGAACCAGGUGGAGGUGGAGGCGAAAAACCUAUGGGCGCGUUACCUAACCCUGGUCGUGGAGAAUGAAGUGCCUGUGUCGAACAUGUUCUGCGACCCAUUCACCAAGGGCCAGAAAUAUUGCGUGGACUUGCACUACCUGAAGCGGUCGUUCCAAAUACCACCCAAUUUCGACACCUUCAAAAUCCCAUCACGACUGCACAAGGUGAUCCGUCGGAUGGGCCAGACCAGUUUCGAGUAUGCUACUUUGGUGUGCUUCGGCGUCUUGGAGCAGCAGCGAAAAUACGGAGCCGAUACUGGUCUCGAGGAGGAGGAUCAAUAUAUGGACCCAACGAUGUCAUCCUUCUUCAUGGUAGAAUCGCGCCCGACUAAACGGAAGCGCCCAACUGCCUACGACUACAGUGAUAUCAAGGCAUUCCUGGAGGUGUCUGAUAUGUCGACUGUGCUUGAGGACUUCUUCGAGAACGAGAUAGAGCUGCCACGUUCACGCCGUUGCAGCCCUACUGGGUUCCCUAUAAAUAUUUUGAACGAUGUGGUGGCGCAGCGGCAGUUGCCGCAGAUGCCCUGGCUUCCCAACGGAUACCUAUACCUCGAGCAAACAAACCCGUACAGAAUCGCAUUCCUGAUGGAAGCUCUUUACAGGCACGACUUUUUGUGGAUAGUGCUACAUGCUUACCCUAACCUCGAACCCAUCAGGGGCUUCGAACGUUACCUGAGCAUGUAUGGACCAGUAGCAAGUGAUGAUUUGCCCGCUGCCAUUGAGGCCAGACCUUUGGAUUUGUCGGUACUCUGUGAGGUUGCAAAGUUCCUGGGUGUCACGGGGGUUGAAGAGAGGGUAGACGCGCUGUCACGAAACCCCCGCCGCCUCCGAAUGGAGCUAGUAAACGACAUUUUCGUGGCGCUGGUGUUGAAGUAUUUCGGCGAAAACCGGGACCCCGAUCUUGUCGCAUUCAAUCUGGCGUGGAUUGCGCCUAGAAUGGAUCUCCAAUUGGUCUGUGGCAUACUGUUUGCAGCACUGGUCAAGUGCCGAUACGCUGUGGUAGUGGGCGACAUCGUGCGGUGGGUGAUCCAGGGUCGCAUCCCGCUUCGCAGCAGCGCGAGCCUGCUGUCCGACAGCAUCCUGCAGGCUGCUUUCCGCGAGGAUCAUGUACUGGCACCGCGCAUGAGAUACGCUCCCAGCAGGCAGGAGGAGGCAACGUACAACCUCUUCACAAACACGAACGCCCCGCACAGCUCCUUGCACCUCGAGAACACCGUGUCGCGCUUAAUGGCAUGCGGCGUAUUCUGCGACGGGAACAAUGAUGCGCAAGGAGAAUCCGCGUCAAAGGUACCGCCCUAUAAUGUGCACGCUCUCUGCCGGCGCCUGGUCCACCACCUGCGGCUCCCCAGCAACGUGCUCCCGGUGGCCGACCUGGUGAUAAACCGGGUUACGCAAUGUUACGAGGAACUGACAUCGGAAGAUGAGACCAAACCUGAUGAUGGCAUUAACUCCAACGUCAGCCGCAUGAUAAGCGUCUACGGUGCCCGCCUCGGCAGGUUCCCGUCGCACGCCUUUGCCGCGGCUUGUGUGCUGGCUGCGUGCCGUAUGCUCUGGCCCGUAUUCCAUUACAACGCUCCCGCCUUUCCCAGACGUGCAGCUGCUCGGGACGACGGCGAUAACCCUGCAUCUGAUGCGAAGCCUGACCCAAAUGAUAACCUGCUGGAAACCCACGUCAUCAGGCGCGAAAGAUUUCCGCAGACUAUCGAAUUUGACAGCACUCGCAUGCGUUGGGUUGUACGGAUUCCCAAGCCGGAGGAGGUUUGUAAGGCCCUCGGACGCACGAAGGAAGUCGCACCGCUGAAGGAGCAGGAACUCAGUCCAGGCCAACGCCAGUUCCUCCAUCAGAUCGCGGAAAGCAUGCGCCGGCCUGCUUUAGUGGACGCAUUCGGGGUGCCUCAGGCGCCCAUUGCUGUAAAGCCCGUCAGCGCAAUUACGGACGUACCCAGGCCAUCAGAUCUAGUCCCCGCGGAACCUGCUGCAGCGGACUUUUUGGAGCCGCCAGACAGCAUAUCGCACCAUAGCUCCGGCACCGAGUUCUUCUUCGAAGCACGUCAUCGCGGCUACGCUAGGGCGGGCACGUCCGCGCUGCUGUGGCUGUUCCACCACCGCCCAACGGAGGCAGUAAGGGCGCUGUCGGAAUACCACACCGCCUGUGACACAAGACUGCUUCGACGCAUUGCAGCGGACUAUGCGCUGCGCGUAAGACCGACACUCCUGACAAAGAACGUCAUACGGAUGUACCUCGGCCCAGUCAUCCCACUGGGCUGCGACGACCGGAUAGUGUCCGCUUUGAAAGACGUGUAUUAUCGCAACCUGUGGAUCAACAUGGCAGGCAUUUGGAGCGGCUCAGUGGCGGACUGUUUCGGGCUACGGGAAGAGGACUACGACGCACCAGACGCAAUCGAUGGAGGGGAUGAUGAGCAAGACUCGCCAUUGGAUCUGCAGCUGCGACGUAAGGUUGUGGCCGACGACGUCGAUCGCAUACAGUCGCUGUUGCUGCCACGUCUGGAGCCAGAUGAGGACAUUGCGAAUCUGAAAGCAUCACUCCCCGGGAACCACCAGAUUUUCUACACGGUGACUGAGCUCUUCAGCACCUACCCCUACUACUCAGGGUGGUCGCCCGAGAAGUCGCUGGAGCUGGACAACUACAGGCAGCUGGUGCGCAACCAGCGCACGCAAGUUCAUGGUGCAGUUAAGGAGAUGCUGGUGACCCAAAUCGUCGGGGAGCAAAACGACACUUGGACGCAUAUUGCCGACUCCCUCGAGUCACGGCUGAAAUCAAAAGGCGGCGGGACGGUCGAGUGGCCUGACGUGCUGCAACAGGACAGCAAUGCGAUUCCACCUCAGUUGGACCCGCCUGACCCCGAGUCUGAUUAUCGCAGGGUGAUUAAGUCUAUGCUGCCACACUUCCAGGACAUGGGGACUGUCACGGCGGCAGGAGUGAUGCUGCCGCAGAAACCGUGGCGCAACUAUGUGUCUCUUAAGAAUGGGCAGCCAGCCCGCCAGCGUGAUGACGAUGACCCUCCACACGAAGGCCGUGGUUGCGAUGAAGGCGAAGUCGAAGUAGUUGCGCAGGAUCAGGAUGGAGUAGAAGUAGACCACGGCGGUGCAUAUCAUGCUCACCAUGGUCAGCGGAUGGCAGGUGUGCAGCUCGGUGUAGAUGUUCAGCAGCUCCAGCGCAAACAGGGACGUGCAGGCGACCGACACCAGGCUGAGCAUCGAGUUCUCGAAGAGGAUGAUGGCUCCCAGCAUGAGAAUCGCACCCUGGAACACCGAGAUCCAAACCCAAAUCAGGAACGUCUUAACCGACAUCACUCGACCCGUGUGCAAGGUCUGGUACAGCUCGGGGAAGAGGAAUACCACUGA